AUGAGCUUAAGGUCGUUCGCGUUGCUGGCCUUGAGCGGCACCCAUACAUGGGCUACCUCCACUAGUGGCUCUGGACCAGCCAAGAGGCAGAGCACCACGGCCAAGUACUGCCCAGGAGGGACGCAGAUCUGCUUCUCGGAGUUUAGAGAACCGACCAGCAACAUCUACUACCGCAUCGCCAUCCCGGAAGUCUCGGCUGCCCCGUUCGAUGUCCUGCUACAGAUCGUGGCACCACUCGACAAGGCAGGAUGGGCCGGCGUUGCCUGGGGUGGGAAGAUGAACGGCAAUCCCCUUACCGUGGGAUGGCCAAGCGGCGAUAGCGCAGUCGUUUCCUCAAGAUGGAGCACCCAGUGGGAGGGCGGAUCCCUCGACCCGAAUGGUGUCAACAGUUUUGCCUGGGCCAAAAACACCCAAGCGGUGAACUCGGCCAGCAACACCAGCUCCUUCGGAUAUCACGACGGAAGGGGGGUGUUCGACCACGACCUUAGCGCCGCCAGGAUUCCCCAAGGUGUCUUCGACGCCAUAAUCUACGGCCUUAACAACCCGACGCCGCCGGAAACCGACACAGCAGCCGCCACCGUGUCCACGGCCGUCGUAACAAUUCCCAAGCCAUCCACCGCCAUCACUUCCUCAUCAAGCAAGGCGACCCCUACUCGGGCAACCGAGCUGUCUUCUUCCGCCGCUGUCAAGACCACUCCCGUCGUGGUCACCACCCGUGUAACGCAACUCCCCAAGCCGACAUCCACAUCAACACGCCGAACGUCGCCUGACCCGCUCACCAGUAGUCCGACAACGCGGAAGCCGACCACGCCGGGCGUCGUAACCCUCACGGUCACGGCCCGGCCACCGACAACGACUCAAGAUGAUAGUGGUGAUGAUGAUGAUGAUGAUGAUGAUGAUGGCCGGGGUGAGUGGCCCCCUUGGACCGGUGGGGGUGGCCCGCCAUGGGGAAGAGGUAAGGGAAAAGGUGGUGGAGGAGGAUGGGGUAGGGGAGGGGGGCGCCGGGGAAGACGGGGCCGGCUUGUUGUGCCGCCGGGAGAGUACUAA